CCAGAAGCCCCGAGGUUUUCAUUCCAACGUCUGUCCCCAGAGUACACCAUCAUGGCGGAGUCCCUGGAGCGGUGUUUCUCUCGCGCCUUACUCAAACACUUUCCAUCGGAGGACUGCGACACGGACGAAGAAUUCCACGUCAGCCGAGAGGAAAAAGAACGCAAGGACAAAAAGCGUAACCGUGGCAACAAACACUCUGGACCCGAGAGUUUGAUCAGAGCCACAGAGCAAGCCCAGCGGAAGAGGAACGCCCCGUCGGAGGAAGACGACUACCGGAGGGCCAAUGGUCCCAGUUACCCUCUGAACCAGCCAACCAGGCAGCAGCUCCCCAGAGGGAUGUACCACCCAGGCCAGCAGUUUCACCAUCCAGCCGGUCCUCACGGUCCUCACAUGUACGGCCAGAGAAUGACCAUGGAUCCUCGGUUCACAUACCCGGUUCAUAUUCCUAGACACGGAGACCCCAACCUGAACCACAUGCCUCAGAGCUUCAACAUGCAGGUAAAACUCCGGAGACACUGGCUCACCUGUGAAGGACUUAAAACUGUCUCACUGUGAAGGACUUAAAACUGU